UCGGCGGCCAUGUAAAGGUCAGCCAGUAGGGUCCUAAAAACUGUCUUCAACUUGUCACUUCAGAUGGAAAGUUGUCAUCAUUUCUCGCCACCUAUGUGUACAUUCCUCAGCCCAAAUGCAAAAUUAUGUUCUAUGAGGAAUCCGUGAAAAGUAUGUGCUCAGUAUGAACUGAAACUGGUAUCUUUGGAAGGUAAUGAGUGACUUAUAAGCUAGGAGAAAAAGUGGGUCACAGGUGAAGCCGGUCUGCACGUCCGAGAGGUCAGAUGCAGACGAUUUUUGCCGGUACCCGGCUAACUCGGGUCGGGAUGACUUCUGACAACGCCGUCCGCCGCAUCAGGCUGCUUGCUGGGCUCAUCAACACGGGGACGACGUCGGUAAACUCACGCUUUCUGUGCAGCGAUGCAAGAGUGAGUAUCGGAGAUGUCAGUAUUCCUCUCAGACAACCCAGGAACCCUGAGUUGGUCCCUGUCAAAUAUGCAAAUGGUGCCUUACCACAAUCAACAAUGAGGCAUUUGAGAUGGAUCAUGCAAAAGGAUGCCCUUGGGCAAGAUGUGUUUCUGAUUGGUCCCCCAGGCCCACUGAGAAGGGCAUUGGCCAUGCAGUAUUUGGAAAUCACAAAGAGAGAGGUGGAGUACCUGGCACUGUCCAGAGACAGUACAGAAACUGACCUGAAACAGAGGAGAGAAAUUCGCUCAGGGAGUGCCUUCUAUAUUGACCAGUGUGCAGUUCGGGCUGCAACCGAGGGUCGAGUCCUAGUUCUUGAAGGGAUUGAGAAAGCGGAGAGGAACGUCCUGCCUGUCUUAAACAACCUGCUGGAGAACAGAGAAAUGCAGCUUGACGACGGACGGUUUCUGGUCGCAGCUGACCGAUACGACAAGCUCUUACAGGAUCAUACAAAAGAGGAGUUAGAUGCCUGGAAGCUGGUGAGAGUGGAUGAACGUUUUCGCGUGAUCGCCUUGGGUCUUCCCGUUCCACGCUACAAGGGUAACCCUCUAGAUCCGCCACUACGCUCGCGUUUCCAAGCCAGGGACGUGAACCCCAUUCCAUUCAAGGACCACUUGGAGCUUCUGACAGAGGCAGCACCAAACAUAUCUUCAGACAAAACAUCCCUGAUGUUGUCCUUUGCCACAACCAUGAUAUCCCAGGAGUCCUCGUCCCUGGGGCUGCCUGACUUCCCUACAGACAACCUCAUCAGUGCUGCUAAAAUUCUGAGUGCCCUACCAGAAGCCCCAGCUCAGAGAUUGUUACACAGACUGUAUCCAUAUGAUGUCAUUCUGGGAAAAGAAGGGAGAACAGCAGUGGAGGAUACCUUAAAGAAAUUUGAACUGUUUGACAAAGAUGUUGAAAGAGUCUCGCAAAAAGUACUUGGGGUCAACAGACUACCAGACGAGUCUCGGGCAGAAGUACAGAUGGAAAUCAAUGGAAACAAGUAUCAGCUUCAGGUGAGUAUAGUACAACAGUAG